CAGGCGCCUUAGGCUCAUCUUUCUUUCAGAUCCCGCCCCCUGGUUACCGGAAGUGUGAUGUGGCUCGUGUCGGCGCGUAACUAUGUCUGCAAUCUUCAAUUUUCAGAGUCUUCUGACAGUAAUCUUACUGCUUAUAUGUACAUGUGCAUACCUAAGAUCUUUGGCUCCCAGAUUACUGGAUAACAAUAAAACAGGAUUAUUGGGAAUAUUCUGGAAGUGUGCCAGGAUUGGUGAACGGAAGAGCCCUUACGUAGCAGUAUGCUGUAUUGCAAUGGCCUUCAGUAUUCUGUUUGUACAAUAAAAAUGGGAAAAUGUUAAGAACAUACUGCUGUCAAUUUGCAAUCAAAUAAAAGACUUGAAGAAAUAGAAGACAAAAAUAACAUUUUACACCUCAAUUUCUUUGUUUGGACAAGAAAAGCUUUUAUGUUUCAGUAUUUUUGGUUAAAGAGCAGUGAUGUUGAAAGAAAUACAGCUAUUAAUCCUUUUGAUUAGACAACCUUUAUUUAUGUUAAUUAUUCUAUAUUUCAGUAAAGACUUUUAAGACUACAACAGUGAGUUAUGUCUGCCAAUGUUGAUUUGAUGCUAAACCCUUUUAAAUGCUUUUUAUGUAAAAGUCUUUACUUUUAGUUUUUUCAUGUUGCUAUAGGAAAAAAAUCUUAAAUUAUAGACAAAAAGAAAGUAAAAUUGUAUCAUAAUAGAAAAUAGAUGCUGAUAGUUCUUGCUUACAACUAUUGAUUUAGUGAGUGUUUGAAGUUAUGACAUGAGAAAAAGUGAUGACCAGUCCUCACACUUUCAACUAUUGCAGCAUCCCAGCAUCAUGUGAUCAGAAUUUGGGCAUUUGGCCACUGGCAUGCAUUUACGACAGUUUCAGAGUUGUAGGGUCACAGCGUUGUGAUUGCCGUUUGUGACCUUCCCAGAUGGUCUCUGACAAGCAGUCAGUGGGGAAGUCGGAUUACUUAAUGAUCAUAUGAUUCACUUACCAACUGCUGUGAUUCGCUUAACAGCCAUGGCAAAACAAGUUGUAAAAUUAGGCACAAUUCACUUAACAACCGCUUUGCUUAGCAAUGGAAAUUCUGGUCCCAAGUCAAGAACUAUCUGUAUAUUAAACUGUAAGGGAGAGUUAAACUUAAGCAGACUAUUUGGGACAGAAGAUUUCAAAUCCAUUUCAUUAGAGCUUUUCUAAUUGUUAUGUUUAUAGAUUUUACACGUUAUAAAGUACCUGCAAUAGAAAAUAAUUUUAAAAAGACUGAAUUCUGUUCUAUUAUGACUUUAUAAAACAAAUGCUUCUAUAUAAUACAAUCAGCUGUUAAUAUUUAUGGUUCACCUUGAAUCUGCUUUUUAGUAAACCAUUAUAUACACUUACUUAUGGUUGCAAACUAUUAAAUUUCGGAACUUAAAUUUCAUACAUGUAUUUCUGUCACCUAUUGGGAAAUUAAAUACAAUCUGGAUUUUUUUUUCAAAAACUGCCAAAUAGUAUCUUUUAAUUAUUUCACCAGUAUUAGCAUUUUAUUAUAGUGCUUCAAAAACUGAAAGAGCAAUUAAUAUUAGCUUAGUGUUAGCUGAAAUCAAUUAUCUAAUUUGAUCUCUAUUUGCCUAUUACCUACUUAAUGUAUCAGUAUAAAUUGUACAACUAAAUACUCCUUUGACUUUUAACUUAGUUCACAAAUCAUGAGAAAUAUUUUAUUAUCCUUAAAUAUAAAUUUAUACAAAUUGUGUUCAAACAGCUCUAUCGUGAGAAUUGUAUUCUGAACUAUUGAUUUUUCAAAUUAUUACUCUACAGAUGAUCCUCAUUUAAUAAUCACUUAUUUACAACUAUUCUAACUUGUGAUGUUGCUGAGUGGUACUUAUGAUUUGUCCUUGAAGUUGUCACCAUUGCAGCACUCCCAGGUUACAUGAUCACCUUUCCCAGCAGGAAGUCAGAAAUUGCAAUUACAUGAGGUCCUCGCUUAAUGAUCUGCUCAGACCUCAGUCCUGAUAACUGGGACUGCUAGAACUGUUGCCACUAACUAGCAAAGUCAUGUGAUGUCAUCCUUUAUGUCCAUAUCAAUUAGCAACAGAAAUUCCAGUGCCAGUUACUGUUUUUAAGCGAGGAUUACUUGUAGAUUAAUUUGAAGGAGCAUGAGAAGAAUAAAGCAAUAUUAAGUAGAUAUUGUUAAACAUUGAAAAUAAUAAUAGCAUGGGAUUAAUUUGGAAAAGAUGUGUGGAGUUAUUUAGCGUUUAGUAAUUUUUACACUAUAGGUAAUCUUCAGUUAACAGCUAAUAGUUUAGUAACCAUUUGCAAUUAUAGUAAAAAAGUAACUUUGCAACCAAUCCUAUCACUUAUGGCUUUUGCAAGUCUAUGAAGCAAGGGAAAGCUGAAGAUCAUAAGUAUAGUUAGGGUUUUACUUAGUGGCUCCUUCAUGUAAAUAUCAAGUUGUUGGUCCCAAUUGUGGUCACUAAACAAGGAUUACCAAUAUUAAGGUGUAAAUUUAAUUGUGAAAUUUAAAAUGUUUGGGAGGGGAAUCUGCAGGCAUUGUAAAAUAAUCAUGCAUACAAUAUUUUCAAAGUAAAAUAUGAGGAGUGAUGUAUUGUGCAGCAUGCGGUUAUAAUAAUACUAAGAAAUAUUGUACUACAUGAUGUUCCUCAGAAGCUUACCAAUUUGGAGGAAUGAUAAAUUCUGUUUUCAUUUAAAGUCUGGCAAAGAAGAUAGAGAUACCAAAAACUACUUUCUUAAGCUAUGCCUAAAUAGGAUGUUCCAUUCCAGAUAUUUAUAAGGAUUUUAAAAUAUUUUUCUGAAAAGAAGAAACAAUUUUCUUGCAUAAUUAAGUUUGAAAUUAGAAGAAUAUCUUAUAUUCUUUGAACAGAAACUCACCGAGAGUGAGGACUCUAGAAAAAUAUGGGAAGUUCGUACUGAUUGCUUUUUUCCCCUUCUUGUAUCUAUAUUUUUACAUCUUAACACUUAGAUAACUGUUUUAUUUUUAGUUGUAAAUUACCACAGUAGUCUAUUUUCACUAAAUAAUGCUUUAAAAAGUUCUUUUAAAAACAACAUAUUUUCAAAUGAAUUGGCAUCUUAAGGAAUAUAUCAGAAGGUUCGAAGCUAAAUGGUGUGGGGAGGAGGAAACUUUCAGAACCUUCAUAACUUGUUUUCUUAUUUUCAGAUAACAUGGUCUUCUACAGCUCAUGCCAUCAGUUUUUGGGAUUAUAAUCCAAACCAACACACCUGGAAGAUUGAUGGUUUGGAUCUUAAAACAUGUUAAUGUAAAAACUAUAUUAUGUACUAAAUCUGUUUGAAGGAGAUACAUUUAUGUAAUUCCUUUACAACUUGAAUAAUUAGGAUAAGAAGUCAGUGUGGAUAAAUUGUUUGCAUACUAAUCUGCAUAGCAUAAUCAUAAAGAGUUACAAAAGUAACUUUUAAGAAUUGACAAAACUUCCUAUUGAGUAUAUAGCAAUUAUUAUUAUAAAGGAUGGUAGUAGUCAAAGAAAUACCCUAUUUUGCAAAAGACUAAAAAUGAUUAAGUUAUGAUAAUUUUUUUAUCUUUGUUUGAUAGACCUGCUGUAUUGUAAUUAAAGUGAAUAUUCUUAUUUUCUUAAA